UGUUACCGUCAUUUACAACACAGUGUAUAGAGAUUCAUUUUCUUCUUAUGCAUCUUGGGAGCUACACCUGAAUAUUCACCAUGGAGAUAUAUGUCCUGGGGAUUAUCAUUGCAAUAUGUGGCAAUCUCCUUAUCAGUAUUUCAUUGAACAUCCAGAAAUACACACAUACACGCCAGUCCCAGCAAGGCACCAAGCCAUACUAUACCAGUCGACUGUGGUGGUAUGGAAUCCUACUAAUGGGGCUUGGUGAACUUGGUAACUUUGCUGCAUAUGGAUUUGCACCAGCUUCCCUCAUUGCUCCUCUUGGCUGUGUGUCUGUCAUUGCCAGUGCUAUAAUCUCUGUGGUUUUCCUGAAAGAGAUUUUACGAGCCUCUGAUGUACUGGGAGGUGUUAUUGCUCUAACUGGAACAUACCUGCUGGUGACCUUUGCCCCACACUCUGCCCCCCAUGUGACGGCUAACAUGGUGGAACGCUGCCUCAUCAGCUGGCAGUUCCUCACCUACUUUUUUUUUGAAGUGGUUUUAUUUUGUAUCCUGCUCUACCUGUACAAGUGCAGGAACCUGAAACACAUUGUUAUUGUGAUGCUUCUGGUGGCUCUGCUGGCCUCUGUGACUGUGAUCACGGUGAAAGCUGUAUCUGGAAUGAUCACAGAGACAAUUCGUGGGAGCCAUUUACAACUCACAUACCCCAUCUUCUACAUCAUGUUUAUUAUCAUGGUAGUCUCAUGUGCCUACCAGAUUAAAUUUCUCAAUGAAGCAAUGAAGAUGUUUGAUGCCACAGAAAUUGUUCCUAUCAAUUUUGUUUUCUUCACAACCAGUGCUGUAAUAGCAGGACACGACCUAAAAUCAAAAUGGACAGAAUCUUCAUCUCUCUGGGUCAAAUCUCAGGGAAGGGCAGCACUGCUAACAUGCAACCAGAGACAAAGGACAAUAAAUGUGGAGGUCUGGCUUCCAAACUUGUAUGCAACAGUGGAACGCAGCAGGACGACUCUUAGAUCACCACCUACUGGACUAUUGAGCAUAGUGAAAUGUGUGUGUAGUAUAUGUGUGAGGCAGAGAACUCUAGUGUGGUAACUGUCUGAAUACUAAAUGUGGGCUGUAGGCUCAUGUAUUAAGCUUCAUAAAGAAGCAAUGAAUUAGAAUUGGCUGCCUAUAGAGCAGACUGGAUCAGCACUCCUACUGACAUACACCAUUCUGAUUGGAAUAAGCUUAAAGGUAUUUGUAAGAGGUUAAAUGCAACUGGAAAGGAGGGGCCACUUUAAUUCAGAAUAAUCCCUAUUUAUUAACAGCUUUCCUCUAAUAGUUUAUAUACAA